UGUGACCUGUGACAGGUGUGCCGGGAGCUCUGGGAUCGCCAGGACUAUUACAGGUGUGCUGUGACCUGCCACACGUGUACCGGGAGCUCCUACAGGUGUGCCAAGACUGCUACAGGCAUACCAGGAGCUCGGCAGUCAUCAGGGCGACUACAGCUAUACUGGAAGCUGCUACAGGUGUGCUGGGUCCUCUUACAGGUGUACUGGAAGCUCCGACAGGUGUGCUGUGAUCUGCCAAAAGUGCGCGGGGACGCUGCGGUCUCCAGGACUAUGCUGAGACCCCCGGAUGGACAGGGCCAUGGAGUUGGAUGAGUUUGUGCCGGAGUUGGAGAAGAGGGAUGGGGGCCAAGACUGGUACUUGUCCUACCCGCUCAGCUUCCAGGUGUCACUGGGCAGCUUGCUGCUGCUGGAGUUGGUGCUGGGCCUAGCUAGUAACCUGACAGUGCUGGUUCUGUACGGCCUGCACAGUGGCCUUGCCGACUCGGUCAGUACCGUGGUGACGGUCAGCCUGCAUGUGCUGGACACGCUGGUCUGCCUGCUAUGUGUGCCCUUCACCACUAGCAUGGUGCUACGGCCCCCCGCCACUGCCUGGGCCCUGGCCUGCUGCUUCCAUGAGGCCUGUGUGGCGCUGGCUGGGGUGGGCACUGCCGCCAACGUAUUGCUGAUCGGCCUGGACCGCUACGACAUCUCGGUGCGGCCGUCCCGCCGGCUGCUGACCGCCGGCCGUGCCAUGCCGCUGCUCGCCGCUGUCUGGACCUUGUCCCUCCUUGCUUUCUCCUUGCCCUUCCUGCAGGUUGAGCUGCUGGGCCCCGAGCCCGGCCUGGCCCACCACAACCUCUCGCUGGGGUGUGGCGGUGAUGCCGAGCUGCCACCCGGCCUGACAGCCUCGCUCCAUCUCCUACUGCAGGUGCCCUGCUUCUGCCUGGCAGCCGUGGGCCUGCUCGCCACUUAUUCCCGCAUCCUGCGGGCCCUCAACGUCCGCUUCGGCCGUGGCCCCAGGGGCAGGAGGUCACGGUGUCAGCGGCGGGGGAGGGGAGGAGGUGGAGCUGGGGCCAGCAGAGGGAGUGGGGCAGUGGGAGGGGGUCUGGGUGGGCCGCAGGAGGCCCAGCGGCUGGCAGCGCCCCCACCCCCAGGCCAAGGCCCAGGCCCGCCUCGGGCCCUGGGCAUGCGGGCCUCGGUGUCGGCCAUCAUGGCGCUGCGACGGGCAGUGCGGCGGCACCGGGAGAGGAGGCGGCGGCAGCGGCGGGUGCUGCGGAUGUCCCUGGUGACGGUGGGUGGCUUUGUGCUGUGCUGGGCCCCGGUGUCUGCGCUGCACCUGCUGCAGCUGGUGUUGGGGCCCAGUGAGCAGCGGGGUCGUCUGCGCCUCUGCGCCCUGGCCCUGGCCUAUGCCGGGCCCCUGCUCCACCCGCUGCUCUACGCCUUCGCCCGCCAAAAGAUGCGCCGCGCACUGCGGGGCUGUGCCCGCAAACGGGUGCUGUCCGUGCUCCAGGUCGACCCACUGCCUGGUGCCACCGUCAUCCACAACUCCUGGCUGGAGUCUGGUCCAGGACCAGGCCCAGGCUCAGGUCCACCUGCAGCAACAGGCCCCGCACCCCCCGCUCAGAGUGAGGCCUAACUCAGGCACAGCCCGAGUCCCAGCCACAGGCCCAGCCUCCCUCGGGCACUGCGACCCCUGCUAAGAGAGAGGCUUAACCCAGGCCCAGUCACGCCCGCCACGGUAGGCCCUGCACCCCCAGCCCAGAGCAAGACCUAACACUGCCACAGGCCCAGGCUCACGCACAAACGCCAGUGCAACCCCUGCUCCCACGGGCCAGAGCAAGGCCUAACCUGGGCAGAUACCUCCCGGGAACUACUCCCACAGGAGCCCAACGGGGCCUCCCCACCACAGGGGAGGCUCGAUGGUUAAACCAGCCUAGGUACCCUGACCAGUCGCAGCUUGGCCUGGUCACCGUGAUACACAGCUCCAGGCUGCCCUCUGACCAGAGCAACUCCUGAGGGGCUGGACUGCACCCCAGCCAAAGCCGCUAGUUCAGCACCCACUGAUGCUGCGAGUGAACAGUGAGUGGCUCACCCCGACUCCCCGCGCCUCCCCCAUCAGACAUUAGUCAGACAGAGAUAAGCUGGACACCGUCCGGAGCCCCUCAAUGCACCCCGAUACCCCUGCCUGCACCUCCUUGCGCUCAGCGUGGAUGCCCCAACACGGAGCCCAGUGCCAGUGGGAAUGGCAGGGCAGCACUGCCGCCUGCAGGUUCCCCUCCAGGUCACACAUCACCUCGGCUGGGAAAUAGAUUGUCGUCACUGCAUCGUUGGAUGUUAACCUCGUAUCGGCAUCGCGGGAGCACCUUCCCCACACGGACUGCAGUGCUUCCACCUUCCCAGGGCCGGGGUGUGUGAAUAAAUACUGACUCAAUGAGA